UCCAACCGCUCCUCCGACCGCCGUCGUGCUAAGUACCAGCUCGUCCACACCGUCCGCACCCACAAGGGAGCCGACGACAAAUCCUACGGCUGCGUCUUUCAAGAAGAAGACGACACCAAACGCAUCGGCGUCUCCCUCUCUAAAGACCUCAUGGCCGUCGCCGGCGAAGCCCUCAAGACUAACAUCACUACCCUCGGCCCCCUCGUCCUCCCCAUGUCCGAACAACUCCUCUUCUUCGCCACACUGGUCGCCAGAAAAGUCUUCAAGAUGAACAAGAUCAAGCCUUACAUUCCAGACUUCAAGCUCGCUUUCGAGCACUUUUGUAUUCACGCAGGAGGUAGGGCAGUUCUGGACGAGUUGGAGAAGAAUCUAGAACUUUCUGACUGGCACAUGGAACCUUCUAGAAUGACUCUUUACAGGUUUGGAAACACUUCUAGUAGUUCUCUGUGGUAUGAACUGGCUUACACAGAGGCCAAAGGGAGGAUCAAGAAGGGUGAUCGGACAUGGCAGAUUGCAUUUGGGUCCGGUUUCAAAUGUAACAGUGCCGUGUGGCGUGCGUUGAGGUCCGUUGAUCCUAAGAAGGAGAAGAAUCCAUGGAUGGAUGAGAUUCAUGAGUUCCCAGUUGAAGUGCCUAAGGUGGCAGCCAUUAAUAAUGGAUCUCAUGACUUGCAGAAAUAAAUUAAAUUAAACCGAUUAAACCUUGUUUUUUCAUUUUUUUUUUUUCAAAAGGGGAGGGGAUAUGAUUGAUAUAUGAUGAAAAUUAAAUGACGAUGGUGAUGAUGAUCUUUAGGUAGUAAGACAAAAGAGAAGACUUACUCCCAAUCUUAGUUGUGUUGUCAAUUGGAUGGUUUAUUGAAGUUGGCUUUUAGGGUUUGUCUGUAUACAAUCAAAUUGUUGCUGCAAUGGAAAAUGAUUAUUCUUCAUUUCAAUUGAUA